AAAACCCAGUUCCAAAAAUUUCAAACCUUUCAUUUUUUACCCUACUGUUUUUGUUUCUUUAGUGUAAAUCAGUGGGGUUGUCUAUGUGUUUUCCCCCUUAACUUGAAAACUAUUCUCUGUCUCAUUUGACAGUCUUCUUCUUCAACACGGGAGAAAGGGAGAGAAAACGAAGAUAAGGCAGCGAUAUCCGGGGUGUUCUUUUUGUUUGGUUUUUAACAAAAGUUAAUUCUUGGGGUCCCCCCUCCUGUUUUCACAGCAAUAACCAAAGAAAAUGAAGGAAUCGGAGAAGAGCUUAGAUCCACAGCUAUGGCAUGCAUGUGUUGGAUCCAUGGUUCAAAUUCCGCCGUUGAACUCCAAAGUUUUCUACUUUCCUCAAGGCCAUGCCGAGCACUCACUCUCCGCCGUUGAUUUCCCGUCAUCUCCUCGCAUCCCAGCCCUUGUUCUUUGUCGAGUGGCUUCCCUCAAAUUCAUGGCGGAUACUGAAACAGAUGAAGCAUACGCUAGGAUCCUCCUCGUACCAUUGCCGGACACCGAGUUCGACCUCGAAGACGGUGCCGUUUUGGGCGUUGGCUCUAACGGGUCCGAUAAUGCGAAAAAGCCUGCUUCUUUCGCUAAGAUAUUAACUCAAUCCGAUGCGAACAAUGGCGGUGGUUUCUCAGUUCCGAGAUACUGCGCUGAAACCAUUUUCCCACCGUUGGAUUACACAGCCGACCCUCCUGUUCAAACCGUGAUAGCCAUGGAUGUCCAUGGCGAGACGUGGAAGUUCAGGCAUAUUUAUAGAGGGACUCCAAGGAGACAUCUUUUGACCACCGGGUGGAGCACGUUCGUGAACCACAAAAAACUCGUCGCCGGGGACUCGAUCGUGUUUUUGAGGUCGGAAAACGGAGAACUCCGCGUCGGGAUUAGGCGAGCGAAGCGUCCCGAAAAUGGAAACCGUGCAGGACCUAAUGGAGGGUUUCCAGCUUUGACCCGGAAUGAGAAUCCGGGUUGUGGUGGGAAGGGAAAACUGAGGGCGGAGGCCGUCGCCGAGGCGGUGACGCUCGCCUGCAGUGGUCAGCCUUUUGAGAUUGUUUAUUACCCGAGAGCAAGCACGCCGGAGUUUUGCGUCAAGGCGUGUUCGGUGAAGGCGGCAAUGAGGAUUCCUUGGUGUAGCGGUAUGAGGUUUAAGAUGCCUUUCGAGACGGAGGAUUCUUCGAGGAUUAGUUGGUUCAUCGGGACGGUGUCGUCUGUUCGAGUUGCUGAUCCCAUUCGAUGGCCUAAUUCACCGUGGCGGCUUCUCCAGGUAACAUGGGAUGAACCGGAUUUGCUGCAAAAUGUUAAGCGUGUGAGCCCCUGGUUGGUUGAAUUGGUAUCGAGUGUGCCUGCCAUCAACUUGUCGCCGUUCUCACCGCCGAGAAAGAAGUCGAGGCUUCCCCAACGCCUUGACUUUCCCCUUGAUGGACAAUUUCCGAUGUUGGCAUUUUCAAGCUAUUGCAAUCCCCGUGGGACCGGUAGUCCGUUAGUUUUAUCUGAUAAUGCUCCUGCAGGCAUACAGGGAGCCAGGCAUGCUCAAUUCGGUUCAUCUUUAUCCGAUCUCCAUCUUAAUAAUAAACUGCAGUCCGGACUGUUUCUGUCCAGUUUCCAGCGAUUCGACCCGCACUCUAGAAUUUCUGAUGGCAUCGAGAUGGCAAGGUGCCGUAAUAGUAACGAAAAUAUCUCUUGCUUGUUAACAAUGGGGAAUUCCAAUCCCAAGGAGAAAUCUGGUAAUGCCAAAAGGCACCAGUUUUUACUCUUUGGUCAGCCAAUACUUACCGAGCAGCAGCUCUCUCAUAGCUGUUCGGAUGAAGCUGCCUCGCAAGUUGUUAAUGGAAAGAGUUCAUUAGAUGGCAAUGCCGAAAAAAUGAAAGAUUCUUCCGAUGGUUUGCGGUCUUCUCUUGAGAAUCAAUUGUUGCCUCCCGAGAAGUCAUCUGCUGCUGGAUUUUGGUGGCACCAGGAUUAUAGAAGCAUGGAGACCGGCCUUGAAGUAGGCCAUUGCAAGGUAUUCUUGGAUUCGGAGGAUGUCGGACAAACUCUUGACCUCUCGGUUCUCGGCUCUUACGAAGAGCUAUACAGGAGAUUGGGUAACAUUUUCGGAAUAGAAAGAUUAGAGAUUUUGGGCCAUGUGCUGUAUCGAGAUGCAACAGGUGCUGUCAAACAAACCGGAGAUGAACCAUUCAGUGCAUUUAUGAAAACAGCCAAAAAAAUAACAAUAAGGAUGAAUUCAAGCAAUGAAACUGCUGGAAGGUCGUGGCUUACCGGGAUUCAAACUGCAGAUAAUGGACUAGAAGAGCCAAACAAAAGAGGCCCUUUGAGCGUAUAUGUGUGAUCCGGGAUCAUUGAAGAAUUUAUAGAACGAUACAAGGACUUGUUUAGCUCCUCUUUAGGGAUGUCUAAUAUCUGUAGGUAUUUGUGUUAAAAAAAACACUGAUGUUGAUGUGUUUUAAAACUACGUUUGUAAGGAAUUCUGUUGUGCUUUCAUAAUAAUGUAGCUGAAACUUUUCACUCUCGGACAGAAUUCAAGUUGCAGUGUCAGCUUAAAUUUUGUUUU